AUGGGCGAGCAUAAUCUUCUUAAUCCUGGGUUUGUGGGACCUUUGGUAAACAUCCACACUGGAGACAGGUUUUACUUCCCGAAUUUUAGAGCCUCAGGGGGACAGCUGGCGGGGCUACCGUCUCUCUCGUACCCUAGAAGGGACAAUGUUUGCUCUCUCCCGUGGAAUCCAUCGGAGUCGUGCAAUGGAUAUCCUCAGUCUUACUUUAGCAGUCCCGUGUCCAUUAACCCCUCUUUUAAUCGAUCUUGUGAAAUAACGCGACUGGAGGAAAGCAAGUGUUAUUAUGGCAAUUCCAGCAGCGCCAGAGAGCAGUGUUCAGACAGCAACAACCUCAAACGAGAGGAGCGAGCAAGAGAUACAUCAGUAUCGUCUGACCACGGGAUGCACAAUGGGAUGGGCAACAGUGGCACCUUCUCAAAGUAUGAUUACGGCACCGAGCAUCUGACCCAAGACCCGCCGUCCUGUCAGUCCUUGGAGUCCGACUCCAGUUCUUCGGUGCUGAACGAAGGAGGAAAGGCUUCAGCAGGCGACCCACAAACCCUGGUAUCGCAAGGAAACCACGCGAGCAAUAUCGCCACUGGAGGAGGUUUGUCCCUCGCAGGUGCCCCGUGGUACCCGAUGCACACCCGGACCCGCAAGAAACGAAAGCCCUAUUCCAAACUGCAGCUGGCCGAGCUCGAGGGGGAAUUCAUGCUGAACGAGUUCAUCACCCGGCAGCGACGCAGGGAGCUGUCCGACAGGCUCAACCUCAGCGACCAACAGGUUAAGAUUUGGUUCCAAAAUCGGCGGAUGAAGAAAAAGAGACUGUUGCUAAGGGAGCAGGCUUUGUCCUUCUUUUAA